UCUCAGGUAAUAUGCGUCUGAUCGUUGCCAUUUUGGCAUGCCACGUGGCAAUUUCGGCCGCCUAUAUUUCCAGUGAAGAUCUUGAAAAGCCAUCAUCCGCUGACAAGCCAGUUCACGAGAAAAAUCACUGCACUAGAUCCGAAUUGAUGCGUAUGGGAGGGCGUCUUGUGAAAUGGUUCAAGGACGUUCAUGCACAGGAAUCCGGAGCCGAUCAUACUUUGAAAUUGCAUUCGGUGCCAUGUCGUGUUGAGGUCGGAUGGAUGUUCAACCAAUGGGAUGGAAAUCAGGAUGGAAAGCUUUCCAAGGCCGAACUCCGUCCGAUCGAGAGAGGAGGCAACGAGGCGUGCGUCGAGGAGUUCAUUGACAUGUGUGACGAUAUGGUAGUCGAUGGUUCGAUUUCUGUGGAUGAGUGGUGUGAUUGCUUCACCUUCUCCGACGACUUGAGACAUGAGCCACCAUGCCAUAAGGCCAAGCACGACGUUGAUCCACACCUUCUUGGAGUCUUCUUGCCACGUUGCGACCUUGAGGGAUUCUACAAGCCAGAACAAUGUCACGAUGGAAACUGCUGGUGUGUGGACCGUUAUGGACGGGAAUUCGACAAAUCUCGAGUUCAGAACACUCUUCCAGACUGUGGACAAUACGCAUCCGAUAUGACCGAAGAAGACAUCGCAUUCCUCAGAGAGAGACUCUAAAUUUUUUCGUUAUUUUUUAUAUUUUCCAUAACUUUUGUUUGGUAACAUUCACUGCCUUAUUUACUACAUUGAAUUUGAUCUAAAAUGUUUAUUCAACAAUUUUUUAAAUAUGUUUCUUUUUAAUAAACUUUUAAUAUUUUAUUCAAA